UGCCGCUGACUAAUCAAUUUUCGAAACGAAAAUUAAAACCUUCACUAACCACGUGAAAAUCUAUUGCAAACUAUAAACAAUUCAAACAUGAGGCCCUUGACGGAAGAAGAAACCCAAAGCGUGUUUGAAAAACUAGCAAAAUAUAUUGGAGAUAACAUCAAGCUUUUGAUAGACAGACCAGAUGGAAAUUACUGUUUUAGACUACACGAUGAACGAGUUUACUAUGUGAGUGAAGAGAUCAUGAGGAAGGCGACCAAUAUUGCCAGAGAGAACCUUGUAAGUCUUGGAACAUGUAUUGGCAAGUUUACAAAGACAAGGCGAUUCAGGCUUCACAUUACAGCCCUUGAUUUCAUGGCACCUUAUGCCAAGUAUAAAAUCUGGGUGAAACCAGCAGGAGAACAGUCUUUUUUGUAUGGAAAUCACAUUUUGAAGUCUGGCCUUGGGAGAAUAACAGAAAACACUCCUCAAUACCAAGGUGUUAUUGUUUACUCCAUGAAUGAUCUUCCACUGGGUUUUGGUGCAACGGCCCGCUCAACGCAGGACUGUCGCCGAGCUAAUCCCACUGAUAUCGUCUGCUUCCAUCAAGCUGAUGUUGGAGAAUACUUGAGAUCUGAAGACACUUUAACUUAGCAAAAUAUUGAAAACAAUAAAGGGACUGUUAUAUGUUAGUUUGGUUUCAUUCUAGUUGUGAAGGAACGAAGAAGUAAAAGACUUGUUUGGGCUAAAUGCAGAAAAGAAGAUGAAUUUUGAGAUAUCGUGAGGUCCAUAAUAGGGAAAUGCUGAGUUACUUAUCUUUAACUUUUUCAAUUUUUUUUUUUUUUUUUUUUUCGUCGAGGGCUAUAAUCUUGCAAGGUCUGUAAUCAAAUGCGAAACCACUAUUCCCCAGAUGGAGCAAAAAAGUAACAAUUCAAUAAAAUCUUUUAAGAA